AUGGAUCAGAAUAUCAGAAUAGCGGCAUCCAACCAGGAAGGUACGAAUGUACCGGGCCUGGUAGGCCUCUAUCGCACCCAAGGGCGCUACCUUCCGAUUCUUCGCGCCAUGUCCUUUACCUCGAAACAGAUCAAUUCCGAGAAAAAGAUUGCGAUGCUAGAUGUUACACCAACCGUACAGUGA